GUACCCCGCCUAGUCCGUUUGUCGAUGAAUUCUUAUUUUUUUCAUUUCCCAUUUUGAUCCGUCGCUUUCGUGAUACGAAGUUUUAUUAAUCGCGUAAAGUUUCUUCUUAUCACUUAAGAAAGUGCAGUUUCUAUCUUGUGUUGUGUGCUAUUUCAGGAAAUAUAUUUUGUCCCUGAAUUAUUUAAAGCAAAAUAAAUUCGGAGCGAUGUCGUCGGAGUACUCCUUCUGUAGCGAGGGAGGUUUCGACGAACUCUCGAGCUCCUCUGAUUCCGGUUUUGACGUGAGUUUUGAAUCACCGAAACACGAAGUACCAACCGACACUCUCUUUCCUCCGGCUAAAGAAGAAAAACGCAAAAAAACGCGAAACACUCGUUGCAAAAGUCCCACGCAGGUGCUGAGACUAAAAAGAAACCGACGGAUAAAGGCAAACGAUCGCGAACGUCACAGAAUGCACACUUUAAAUGACGCUUUGGAACGCUUGCGAAUGGCCCUGCCAACCUUUCCCGAGGACACGAAAUUGACAAAAAUAGAAACGCUCCGUUUCGCGCAUAAUUACAUCUGGGCGCUAUCACAAACCCUGGGCAACUCCGAUGGUGGCGAGAUUACGGUGAACGUCGGCAACGUCACGGUCAGCAUCAGCGAAAACGGUAACAUGAUUACCUCGUCGACCGGAAGCUGCGCAGUGGCUGCCCAGAAGAGGCUCGGGCCCCAGCAUACAGUGGGCUUUCCGUAUCCUCCUCAGGAGCGAUUCGUCGCACCAGAAUGGCAGGAGUACGACUGCUAUAGCGAUCAGAGCGUGAGUCCACCAAUGCAAUAUCAACCCUGUUACGAUCAGAGGAUGUACCAGGUUCAUCGUCCUCAGCAUCAGUUGCCACCGCCGCCACCUCAUCAUCACAUGCCUCAUCACAAUAAUAUGUAUCAGUGUCUUUAGAUACAUCGAUGGCAUGUACGCUUAAUUUAAUUACUCGGACAGCCGUUUCUUCAACGUCGAUUAUUUCUAUCCACGAAUCAAUUUAGUUUCUUCAGCUUUGUCAUAAUCAGUGUUAUUAUAUAAUAUUAGAAGAGAUAGGAAGACAGAUAUUUUCUGGAUAUAACUUCAUCGAAGGAUUAAAUAGAAAAAAGUUGAAUAUAAUUAUUACAUCUCUGAAGAAUGGCUGAAGAGUGUUUUUUUUCCAAAGAACUGACGUGAAUGUAAAAAGACAGUGCUAUGAUUAUAUCGUUAUCUACUUUGUAAGAGAGUAUUUUAUUCGAGAAAUAUCUCGCAUCGCGUUUAUGAUGCUUAUGAUGUUUGAGGUGAUUCUUUAAUUCCGCUUUUAAUUCUCAAUGAGUGUAUUUUUCUAUACACAAGAUCACAAAGAAAAAUAGAAAUAAUCGAGGUGUACAACGUUAUUUUUGCAAAAAUGACGAUUGUAUAAAGUACAUUUUUUUCCU